AAUCUGGUCAAAGAAGAUUCAAACAUGGCAACAGGAAACAACACCAGCUGAAGCAAAACAUAUCCAAAACCAGCAAAGCUCCAGAGUGGUAAAUAAGGACUGAACUGUCUCAAAAUUGUGUGAACUGCUGAGGCUGAGUUGAUUUGACUUGGAGGAACAGAACCAGGCCUUCGGGAGCUUCAUGAAGAACCAUAUGAGGUGGUGAUCAUAUUCAGCUGCUAGAGACAAACUCAAAGCAGUGGAAAGCGUCAGCUGAGGACACAGCAGCAGUCAACAUGAUUGACCUGAGUUUUCUGACAGAGGAGGAGCAGGAGACCAUCCUGGCUGUGUUGAAAAGGGAUGCUGAGCUGAAGAAGGCUGAGGAGCAACGUGUCCAGAACCUACAGAAGACUGUUAGUGACAGGGGCCAGCUGAGGUACCUGACUGGAGAAUGGUUCUAUGAGACCAAACAGCUUCGCCAUCAGGAUCGCAUCCAUGGCUCUGACAUCAUCAGGGCCUCCAUGAGACACACACAUAAACCACUAACUAUAUUGGAGCUCUCGCAGAUCCUCCCUGAGAAGUCCAGUUUUGUCAGCAGUGAAAAUAAGGAAGUGUUUGUCCCACCUGUUCUCUGUGGACUUCUUCAGGAGCCUCACCUGCAGCUCAGCAAUGAAAGGUAUCAGAAACAGAACCCCGAUGACACACCACAAGACACACCUAAACCAGUUUUGCAGUCACCCACAAAGAAGAGAAAGAAUCCUUUCAAUAUCAAGCUCGAGGACAGACAGUUACUGGAUAGAGCAGUGGAUCAAACCCAGACACCAAAUGAGGGUUAUGAUGAUUGUUCUAGUCCCGUCAUGUCAGCUCUGAAACGAUUAUCUUCGAGGAGUAUAUCUUCAUUCAAAAGUCUGGAAAACCUCACCUCACAAUCAAUUUCUCCUCUUCCACCAUCAGCCUCCACUCUCUUCAACUCAGAGCCAAUAAAAAGCAGUGUGUCGGUGCCUGUUCUACAGCAGGACGAGACAGACAGUGACAGCACUUUUGAGACUAACUUGGGCUGGAGGAGAAACACAGGCAGCUCCACGUCUAACAUAAGUCUCUCCUCAGGAAUGGCCUCCAUGUUGUUUGCCAGCGGCAGCAUCAGCAGCCUUCACCAUGCAGACUUUGGUGACAUUGAAAUUCAGGGAAACAUCCAGUUUGCUGUGAACUACAUCCAGAAGCUUAGAGAAUUUCACAUCUUUGUGGUGCACUGCAGGGAGCUGGCCAUUGCCGACACCAAGAAGAACCGCUCUGACCCCUAUGUGAAAUGUUAUCUUCUCCCUGACAAAACAAAGUUGGGAAAGAGGAAAACCACUGUAAAAAAGAAAACUUUAAACCCCACCUACAAUGAAAUCCUCCGGUUCAAAGUAAUAAUGGAGGUGUUGAAAACUCAGAAUUUAAACAUCUCUGUGUGGCACAACGACACUUUUGGACAGAACAGCUUCCUGGGAGAGGUGGAACUGGACUUGUCAGAGUGGGACUUCAGCAACACACAGAUAAAUGAAUACACAUUAAAAACCAGGGUGUCAGCACAAACCUCAGCUCUGUCUUCCUCACAUCUGAUGGAUGGCAGAGGAUUAAUGAAAGUUGCCCUGAGAUUUCUGCCACAGACAACCAACAGUAAGAGAACAUCUAGGAUGGCGACUGGUGAGGUGCAGAUUUGGGUGAAAGACUGCAAGAAUCUCCCUUCAGUCAGAGGAGAAAUAAUCAACCCAUUUGUGAAAUGCACCGUACUUCCUGACACAAGCUGGAAAAGCCAUCAGAAGACCAGGGUGGUGAAGAGAACAGCCAACCCAAUGUUCAACCACACCAUGGUGUAUGAUGGCUUCCGAACAGAAGACCUCAGAGAAGCCUGUGUGGAGAUCACAGUGUGGGAUCACGAACGACUGAGCAGCCACUACAUAGGAGGCCUGAGGCUUGGACUAGGGACAGGAAAGAGUUAUGGGAUGGACGUGGUUUGGAUGGAUUCAACGACAGAUGAGGCAAAUUUAUGGCAGAGGAUGUUACAGUCUGAAGGUGAAUGGGUGGAGGAUGUUUUACCUCUGAGAAUGUUGAUGUUAGCAAAAAGCAUGUCAAUGUGAGACUGAAUAAAAUGUGUUGCUAAAUGAAUGGAAAUGUUAUAGGAGCACACUGCAUAUACAUCUGGCUGGAUGUACAUACACACUAUACCUUAAUGAGCAACUUGUAUGUAUCUGUAUAACUGAUGAUCAUUGUAUGAUACAUUAAUGCACAAUCUAAUGUGGCAGAGGAUACAGUCUAACUUAUAAAACAUAAUCGUUUUAAUCUGAAUAUUUGAUCUGAGCAGUUAUUAUAAUCCCGUUCUGAUUACUGCA